CGGUGCGAACCCCCUGUCGGCUCCCUUUCAUCCUUAGUACAAAGCCCGCGGUACUUUCACGUUGUCCUCAGGUGGCCCCGUAAACACCCCAAGGACGUCUCAGACGCUUUGCUCAAUCCCUUUCGUACAAGAACAGCUUGCCUUACUGAACUCACACAUGGUUCUGAACACGCCCCCGAUGAAGAUGCAUUCAACGAUCCCUCGCGUCGUGAUAUGCGGUAGCCUCGAGUUCGCGCAGGCAGAAUGCGAGGAACUUUUCAAGGGAGUAGCAGAUGUCCUAGUGAUGAAUUCACUAAGCUCUGCGGAUCUCAUCGAGGGGAUGCGACCAGGAGGAAAGUACGAAGGUGCCAUUGGCCUCUUGAGGCAUUGGAAUGGCUUCGAUAUAUUCAAUCGUGCUCUCAUCGAGGCUCUGCCACCAAGCGUUAGGUUCAUUUCUAGCAUGGGCGCUGGAUACGACAUGAUAGACGUUGACGCCUGCAAAGAGAAGGGUAUCGCAGUGUCACACACGCCCGGCGUAGGCAACGACGCCACCGCCGUCACCGCGCUCUACCUCAUCAUCUCCGCUCUGCGCCGCUUCUCGGUUGCGGAGCGCCAGCUUCGCGCGGGUCUCUUUGAGGCCUCGCGGGUGACGCAGGGCAGACGCGAUCCCACCGUCCGCACGCUUGCCAUCAUGGGGCUGGGUGGCAUAGGCUUGCGCCUGGCGGAACUCGUGCACGCAUUCCCCAUGCGAGUGGUCUACCAUAAUCGGCGGCCUUUCGCUGGAGCCCCCGAGUGGUGCGAGUACUAUGGCUCAGAGCGCCUGGACGAGAUGCUUUCCGUCGCAGACGUGUUGAGUGUCCACGUACCCCUGCGGAAGGACACCGUAGGCCUGGUCGAUGACACAAUGAUCCGCAAGCUACAGAAGGGGGCUGUUCUCAUCAACACAGCCAGGGGUAAGGUCAUCGACGAGGAGGCGAUGAUCCGCGCUCUGGAAGAUGGUCAUUUAUCGGCUGUAGGGUUGGAUGUAUUCCCCGACGAGCCUGUCCUGAUGGAAGUUCGAGGUCUAACCAACCUGCGCGAUUUCACGCUUGGCCUAAGGGUGACCGAUCUUGUCUCGGAGUGCAGAUGACAUAGAAUCGGUGUUCAAGUUGGUUAUCUCACCUUCGUUGCUGUUGAUCCAUGUUUCUCUCUGGCGUACACAUAAGUAAUACUCUACUACAUGUGUUGUAAUACAGUCCGACCUCUUCGCGUCUA